ACAAAAUAAGAAGAGGAUUGAUGAUGGAAAAACACAUUUUACUAUAAAAAAAAUAAACAACCUCUUCCGAAAACCCCACCAAAUGGAUUUGCAAAUCAAUAAGCAAACCAACAAGAAGAAGAAAAACAAGAACAAUUCGGAAGAAUCCCAGCAGCACCUGCAACAUCUAAAACAGUCGGCAACUCCUCCCUUUGAGGUCCCUUUAGAUGGCACCCGAUCUUCAGGUCCUUCUGGUAACCCUUUUAAUAUGGGCUCCAUCUCUCAACUCCAUCAUCUUCUUCUUCGCUCCACCACCACAACGCCGCCUCUCCCCUCUUCUUCUUCCACCACUGCACAGAACCCACCCCCUCAGCUUGUUGACGCCUCUCUCGCUAUUGCCACCAGAUCUACUUCCAAGAAUCAAACGAGCUCGACACUCUCAUGUACGACGGAAACCACGACGACUGCAGCUAACCCUCCGGCGAAACGCUCCACCAAGGACAGACAUACCAAAGUCGAUGGUCGAGGCCGCCGUAUCAGAAUGCCAGCUACUUGUGCGGCUAGGGUUUUUCAACUCACUAGGGAAUUAGGUAAUAAAUCUGACGGGGAAACAAUCGAGUGGCUUUUACAACAAGCUGAACCGGCAAUAAUAGCAGCUACAGGAACUGGUACUAUACCAGCCAAUUUUUCAACUCUUAAUAUUUCUUUAAGAAGCAGUGGUUCCACGCUUUCAGCUCCACCUUCAAAAUCUGCUCCUCACUCCUUACAUGGCGCUUUAGCUUUGUCUUCUCACCACCCUUAUGAAGAAGGGUUCGCCCGUAGCGCUUUGUUGGGUUUUCACCAUCAGCAGCAGCUGCAGCAGCAACAACAACAACAACAACAGCAUCCUUUAACGGCAGAUCAAAUAGCCGAAGCUUUACCCGGAGGCGGUGGUGGAGAUGGUGGGAAUUUAAGCGAGAAUUUUAUGAGGAAACGUUUCAGAGAGGAUUUGUUUAAGGAUGAUAAUCAGCAACAAGGCGAAACUGGUGGUGAUGGCGGAGGUGGCAACGGAGAUGGUUCUCCCAUUAAGGCCUUUAAAACUGGUUUAAAUCAACUGCCUAAACCACCACCACCACAACAAGAUAUCCUACCUGCUACUGCCAUGUGGGCGGUAACACCAGCACCAACCAGUGGUUCCGGAAGUACAUUUUGGAUGUUGCCAAUGACCACCGCUGGCACCAGUGGCCCAUCAAUGGUUCCGACUGCAUCCGGGGCUGAUUCAUCUAAUCAGCCUCAGAUGUGGCCGUUUGGAACAGCAAGUGGGAACACAAUGCAAGCGCCAUUGCAUUUUCUACCAAGAUUUAAUCUUCCAGGUAACCUUGAAUUCCAAGGUAGUAGAGCUAGUCCUUUACAAAUGGGUUCAAUGUUAAUGCAGCAGCAGCAACAACAACACCCUCCUCAUCACCUCGGUUUAGGUAUGUCCGACACUAAUUUAGGCAUGUUGGCCGCUCUUAAUGCCUACUCUAGAGGUGGUCCGAACAUUAAUUCGGACCAAAAUAAUCCACUCGAACAUCAUCAUCAUCAACAACAACAGCACCAGUCUCAAGGUACAGAUAGUGGAGAUGAGCAAGACCCUAAUAAUUCUCAAUAAUGGAUCAGAAAAAUUAAAAAUAC